CACAGGGAGAAUGAGAGGGAAGCGUGGGUUUCCUGUAAAAGACCCGUGCUCUAACGCACCUGGUGCCAUUUCCAACAAUGUGUGACGGAAAGAUCUUUAUUUUCAACGGCACAAGUGUUGAAAAUCUGAGGAAGAGUCAACUGUAUAUGAGCCUGGCCUGAAACUGAAGCUCUCUUGGCUUGAAAAUGGUGUCUAGGCCAGAUAUGUGAUUCUGGAGUUUUUUGUCCUAUGAACAGCUACUUUAUACGGCUGUAUUAAGUGUCAAGGAGUUGGUAAAGAUGGGGUCCCAGUGGUAACAGCUUCAGAAGGGUUUGAAGUCACAGAGAUUACAAAGAAAUUUUUUUCAAUUACAGAAGAGUAUUCUAAUCUCCUGUCCUGAUGGGAAUGCAGCCUCCAAGUUUCUUAUGCCUUAUACAACCUUUUCUGGAAUACACUCAAAAAGUAUCACCAGUAUGGAUAUUUCUAGUGGUGGAGGGCUGGGAGUAUCUUGCAGUACAGAUGGAACAAUGCGAAUCUGGCAAGCCAACAAUGGAGAAUUGAGGAGAGAUCUGGUUGGCCACGUGUAUGAUGUGAAUUGUUGUAGGUUCUUUCCCUCGGGGAUUGUGGUUCUAAGUGGAGGAAUGGACGCUCAGUUGAAAAUUUGGUCUGUUGAAGAUGGAAAUUGUUCUGUAACUUUGAAUGGACACAAAGGAGGUAUUCUUGACACAGCAAUCAUAGAACGUGGGCGCAAUGUCAUCUCAGCCUCCAGGGAUGGAACAGCAAGAUUGUGGGAUUGUGGCAUGUCCACUUGCCUUGCAGUUCUAGUGGAUUGUGGGACUCCCAUUAAUGGCUGUUCACUUGAUGUUGCUGAAAACACAGUGAAUUUGGGUUCUCCUGAGCAUUCACCAAGUGAGCGUGAAAUAGGGACAGAGGGAAAAUUGCUACUUUUAGCCCGUGAAGACAGAAAACUGCAGGGCAUUGGACUUCUCAGUAGGCAACCAAUAUUUAUGUUUGAGGGAUCCGAUGCUUUCAACUGUUGUACGUUCCUUUCAAGUACUCAUAUCCUUGCAGGAACACAAGAUGGUAACAUUUAUCAGCUGGAUGUUCGAAACACAAAAACUCCUUUACAGCUUAUCCAUCGAUCGGGAUCCCCAGCGCUUUCCUUGUUGCCCUGUAGAGAAGGCUUUGUAGCUAGCCAUGGUGAUGGAAGUUGUUACAUUGUUCAACAGGAUCAGGAUUAUGUAAUUGAAUUUACAGGGCCUGACUGUGACCCCAUUUACAAGGUAGUUCUGUGGGAGAAGUUUGCCUACACUUGCUCCAGGGAUAGCAUUGUGAGGAAGUACCAACUGCUGAAUUUCUGAACUCUAUCACAUUGUUCACAGGGAGGGCUCUUCAGAUAAAAAACUGGAACUUUAACCUUUCAAAUACCAUUGUUAAAAGUGCAAAACAAUAGCAUUUGAGUCUUUGAACUGCUGGCCAACAUGCAGGUGCUGGGAAUUAUAGUCCAAUUUGUACAUGCUAAUGAGUCUAAUACAAGGGGAUGAAUUGCACAAAAGUUGUUAAAUGAGGUGCUGCUUUGUAGUAAUUACGUUAUGUCAGUCAUUAUGAAUAUUUUUAUAUACAGGAUAGUAAAACAGUCGCAACAUGCUGGAACUACUCAGGUCGGGUAUCAUUUGUGUAGAAAGAAAUAAAGUUAAGACUUCAAGUGAAUGACCAUUCAACAUAACUAUGAAAAAUAAGAGAUGUCAGUGCGUUUUAAGCAAGAUGUGGGUGAGACAACAUGAAAGCAACACCUGUGAAAGGGUAGAAGACAAGCAAGUUUGGCCCUGCAAGUCUAACGGAAUGGUGAUGGGGCAAGAAAAAAAUGAAAAAUGUGCCUGUAGCAAAUGUGCUAUUUCUGAAUAUGAAAAUAAGAGGGAAGCCAAAACAUGUAAAGAAAAGUAAACUAAAUCAGAGGACAGAGUUUAUAGUCUGAAAUUGUUGAAGUCAGUGUCAAGUCCAGAAGGCUGUAAAGUGCCUCUUCAAAAGAUUAGGCGCUAUUCUUCAAGCUUACGUUGAGCUUCACUAGAACAGUGCAGCAGUCAAAGGGCAGACAUGUCAUUGUGAGAGCAAGGUAGAGAAUUAAAAUGACAGGCUAUGUGAAGUUCAGGGUUAUGCUUGUGGACUGGUCAUAGAUGUUCCACAAACUAAUCAUCCAGUGUGUGUUUGAUCUCCCCAGUUUAGAGAAGACCACACUGUGAGUAGUGAUUACAGACUAAAUUAAUAGAGCAUGUAAAUCAUUACUUCACCUGGGAGAAGUGUUUGGGCCUUUGGUGAGAAGAGGAGGAGUAAAAAUGUUACAUCUCCUGUGUUUGCAGGGAUCAGUGCAAUGGGAAUGGGACAAGAUGGUUUGAAGAGUGAACGAUGGGAGCACCCCAUUAUUCCCAACCUAUUUUAUUCCCUUUUGAUGUAUGUUUUGAUUUUACUUUUAUUCUUGCUUUCAGACUGCUGUUGGCCCACCUUGGGUUAAUUUUCUUUCUCGAUCACUGUUUUCCGUUUGACCCUGUAAAACUAACUCUUCUGUCAUUCUGUUUCUCCAAUCUUCCACUGUAUCACAGACAUUUUUCUUUUUGUCCCAGCUGCUGCUUGCUCAAAACAUACUAAAUCUCUAACUUUCCCUGAAAUAUUCAGUGUUUCACUCUCCAUAGAUGCUGCCUGCCCUGCUGUGUAUUCCCAGUAUUUUGUGUUUUUAUUCCAGACUUCUAGCAAUCAUAGUAUUCUGCUCUUUGGUGGUUAAAAAUUACACCGUGUUCUCCAUUCUUUUAAAUUGUCUGUGGAAAUAAUAGAGCUUAGUACACAGAAUUGAGCUGUCAUUACACAAAGAAUAAAGGUUGUUCUGCAGUUGUGUUUUGACUGUUUCUAAAAAAAUGUAAUACUUAUAGUCAUGUUGCAACGCUAUGUUGGCUCAGAAUGUGGUAAGAUGUGUUCCUCAGUUUUUAACAAUUUUUCUUUUGUAAUUAUGCCUUCCUUUCAUUAAUAAUUUGUUGAUCAUCAAGAAGUUGUCAAAUCUGCUUGCCAUGGCUGGAAAUUUAAUGUGAAAUUUAACAUCCUUUUCUUGAUGGGCAUCUAUGUAGGUUCGACUUGCAAGCAACAGAAGCUUCUGUUACACGAGUCUAAAUAUGUGGACUAAAUAACACAGAACAAAGGUUGUUCUAUGUGCCAAAUAACUACCUACUGCAAGUAAUAAUUCUAUUGAACCUUUUACAAAAUCCCUUUCUGCUAGAUGUGACUAAAUAAAUAUAUUUGCACCUUU